AAUUUUUUUAGAUAUUCCUUAUUUCCUCUGGUAAACAACUUCAUAUGCCAAUAACAUCUAAGUGUCUUUUAUGUUUCCAUGAACUGAAGGCUAAGGUUGCCACCAACAAAAAGCAAAAGCCACUUUGGGCGUAUGUGAUUGUACUUAAGCUUCUGUGUCUUUCUCACCCAUUUAAAGUUGUUGUCAUCUUCAUUCUCUUCAUUAUUGAUGAGACAUGACAGCCAAUAUUGUAUUUUACACUUGCUUGUGGAGGUUGUUUUCUCUUUCAACCAAAAAGAUAUUUUGAAUAGUUAGAAGUUUUACUUGCCUUUGCAAGUUUUGAACUCUUUCUGUCGUGAACACACGGUCGCACACACACACACACAACACAACACAAAAGAGAACAAAAAAAAAAAAAAAAAAAAAAAAAAAAAAAAAACAAAAAAAAACAAAAAUAAAAACAAAAACAAAGAGCUGGGGGAGGCAGAACCAAACAAGUAGAGGCGUAUCAAAGAACUCAAGCUGUAACCAAAAAGAAAUCCAAUUGCCUUUGCUCUCUUCUCUACGCUGGACCAAAGCUCAGUACGUGUAGGAAUAUGCACAUUGUGUAGAUAUGGCUAAAUGUUGCUGACAAUCUUGCAAUACUAAACUGUUCCUAUUUUAAGAAAAACAAAUCACAAACUGUUCAUCAAUGUUUUACCUCAGCACUCUACUUGUACCCAGUUAAUGAUCAAGCAUAACAACGGAGAAGAAGGAAAUUGAUUUUCAUUUUCAUGUCUGACUGUAAAAUCUGUUUGGAUAAUAUUUUAUAAUGAGCUUUUUGUCACAUGACUUGCUUGUCUUCAACUUGAAAUUCUGUGAGGCACAUUGGCUUAUUUGUUGUUGAAAAGCAGUUUGUUGUUGUUGUUUGUUUGUUUUAUAUUUUUAUAAGUUUUAGUUUCUAUUUACUAUUUCAUCCUCUGUGCUGUGAUCUAGACUGGUCACCAGGGUCACUUAAUGAGGCGCUGCAAAGGAAUCUGCUUCUCCACGCCUGGGGCAGGCAGCAGGAGAGAGGGCAGGAAAAUAGACUGGGUUGUUCUGGAAAAAAAAAAAUCAUGCUGACGAGACAUUGACAUGAUAGACUCGUGACCAAGAAGCCAAACUGGAUAUUGAAAGCUCCUUACUUGUUGAAACAUUGAAACCAAAGCUGACUUAUCUGCACAGGUUGCUUAAUGUUUAAAAAAAUAAAAUAAAAUAAAAACUGUACUUAAUCUAGAGCAAUAUCUGUAUGGUCCGUAAAGCUGCACUUUGUGUAUUUCUUAACAGCUUCAGAUCUGUCACUUUUAAUUUGUACCCUGAAAAAUAAAGACUUGUUUGACAUGAA